CCUUACUUGGGCUGAGUAAGAACUACUAGACGGACUGAACGUGCGCCUUGACGGUCCUGCAAAGCCUAACUGUGACCCUGCUAUUUUCACCUUGCACAUCACUAGCAAUCGGCUACGACCAAUACGACUACCUAGGUGGCAGUAGCCUCGGAAGCUGCCUCGUCGAUGGGCCGCAUCUUGGCAGUGAGGCAGGCUGUGCAUCUCGGUAUUCUCAAACCAGUAUGGCCACCCGCCGGCUUGGCCAACGCCUGGAUUGAGUGAUAUAUUCAACAGAUGCAGUCGAGUUCUUCCGCUGCGACGCCAUAGGACAACCACGGUACUCAUGAUCUGUCCCUCCAUCACCGCUCCCACCAUCGUCCACCAUGUCCGCAACCACGAGCUCCCCUUCAGCACCAGCUCCUGCUCCUUCCACCCAUGCAACCCUCUCCUUCCACAAAUCCGACACCAUCCGCCUCCUUAGCUUCCCGUCCGACAUCACGUCGGCUCUCAAGUCCGUCAUCCUUGCCUCCUGGCCAUCCGGACUCGAAUCCCAUGGCAGCUUCAGCCAAUCCUACCAGUACAAGGUCAGGGGCAAGCCCUUCGGCUAUUAUGGGACCCAGCACCACGUCGGCGGCAUCCGCCUGCUGCGGGACGUGCUUGCCUUCCUGUACACCCGCGGCUGGGACCUGCUCACGCCGCUGCUGUGCAGCCGCCGCUACACGGCCAAGGACACGCUCAUCUUCCGUCAUGUUGUUGCGCCGCGGCCGGCCGUGGAAUGGCUUUCUCUGGCGCCUAUGGGGACCGAUAAGCUCCGGGUUGUCUACGAUGCGGAUGGGGCAGGGUUGUCUGGCAUGGACGCCGACCACGAUCAUCUGGGGGUGCUGAUUUCGGAGGUCAAGAAGGUGUUGGAGGAGUUGGAGUACUAUGGGAAGGGUGGAUGGAGUCACGAUUCGUUCGAGUUUGAAAUGAAGGGGCGGCCAUGGCGCUCGCGGGGCGAGGCGAGUGUCAAGAUGAGGAUCAUGCUGAUGCGUCUGCUCGAGACGCUGGAAGGUUACGGGUGGAGGCUCUACAGCGGCUUUGUGCAGCGCACGGGGUCGGACGAGGACAGGAUUCUGGAUACUUGGUACUUCGUGCGCGGGAGGGACAAAGUGCCCACGUCGGUGCCAUGAACUAGGUGCUGGGUGGUUGGGAGACGACUGCCUCAGUCUCAAAGCAUGGACAAUCCCGUUGCGCGGGAGGCAGGC